AUUCGAUAUGGUUGAGUACGGAAAGCUCGUGUGGGAUCGGUGGAUCCCGUUAGUUUUCGCGUCUAAUUCCAGUUCCGGGUAAGAAAUCAGAAAUGUCUGCUACAGGUUGAAUGUGGAUAAACAACGUAUAAGGUUAAAAAAUGGAAGUGACUCGCAACAAUUUCCAAGAAGUCCUUACAGAAUUGGACGAGAUUCUGAAAGACGCGUCAUUUCUUGGAAUUGAUGGAGAAUUCACAGGACUUAAUUCUGGACCUGAUGCUGGUGCCUUUGACACACCUACUCAGUAUUACACGAAACUGAGGGCAGGAUCUAUGGACUUUCUCCUUGUACAAUUUGGCCUUUCUGUUUUUACAUUUGAUACACAAACACAAAAGUAUACACAGCGAUCGUACAAUUUUUAUAUUUUUCCACGGCCCUUAAAUCGUGCAGCUCCAGAUUCCAGAUUCAUGUGUCAGGCAUCAUGUAUAUCAUUUCUGGUCAGCCAAGGAUUUGACUUUAAUAAACUUUUUACGUUGGGUAUUCCCUAUUUGACCACAAGCGAGGAGGAAAAGCUAGUAAAACGGCUGGAGGAGAGACAAAAAGCAAGGGACGAAGUGCCAGAGUUGAUUCCUAUUUCGGAUGAUGACCGACCUCAGAUCGAAGAGAUAUGUUCGAGGGUAGACGAGUUUAUCACAUCCGAUGCGGAAAAAUUGACGAUAGAGAAGUGUAACGCUUUUAUUCGACGUCUUGUGCAUCAAGAAGUAAGGGUGAGAUGGCCAAAUAAGUUGAGAGUUGAAAAUAAAUCUGAUUGUUCCGGACACAGUCUUAUAGUACAAAGAUCAGGGACCAAAGAAGAAGAGGAACAGAAGGAAACUGAGAGAAGAGACAGAGAAUUGAUGGAAAUUAAACAAGCAGUUGGAUUAAGUGCACUUCUGAAAAAAAUUUCUGAAUCUAGAAAGUUAAUAGUCGGCCACAACAUGUUACUAGAUCUUUGCCAUAUAAUACAUAAGUUUUUCGGACCCUUACCAGAAAGUUAUUUGGAAUUUAAAUCUCUUGUUCAUACCUUAUUUCCUAGGAUUUUAGAUACUAAAGUACUUUGUCAGUCGCAACAAUUCAAGGAAAAUGUACCAUCGUCAAAUUUGAAUGUACUACUAGAAAGAAUUAGUAAACCACCGUUUAAGAUUCCAGAAGUUGAAACAGUACCUGGUAGGAGUUACUCCACACUAGCAGAAAAGUGCCACGAGGCAGGUUACGACGCAUACAUCACUGGAGUAUGUUUCAUUGCAUUGUGCAAUUACCUUGGUUCCUUACAAAAGCCUGAAAUUCCAAUAGUUCUUGCAAAUUCACAUCUUCUCAACCCUUUCAUAAACAAGCUUCUUAUAGCAAGGUUAAAAGACUAUCCUUAUGUAAGCUUAGUUGGAAAGGAUCCAAACCCUAGUAGAGAUCACGUAUUUCAUUUAACAUUCCCGAAAGACUGGAAGCUUGGUGAUAUUUCACAACUAUUUAGUCCAUUUGGAGGCGUGUACGUGUCGUGGUUAUCGGACACGUCUGCGUAUGUAGCAUUAAACCGUCGCGAGCAGGCUAACUCAGUGGCGAAGAAUCUAUGUAAAGCGAGUACGUAUAGGAUACAGAAGUAUGUCGAACACCAAGCAUCGUUACAAAUUAACCACAAUACAGGAGAUCGUAAAAGAAAAUUAUCUUCGUCAGAAUCCGUCUCGACGAAAACGGAGAAUAACUCUGCGUCAACGAACGCCGCGAAGACGAUACAGAAUGACGAUGGUUGGGAAGUGGCCACAGGUAAGAGACGCCGGAAGCGGAGGGACUAUACGGACGUUGACGCUGCCCGAGGAUCCGAGAAGACAUUCGCCGAAGCAGCUUCAUGGGAUUAAUCGAAGCUGAAAAAUCGCAGCUUUUACAAGCUUGUGAGGCAUCAUCCUCUCAAACAAUUUUGAACAAAGUGAAAGAUGCCGAAAUAGAUCGGCAACGUUUUUUUAUUGUAUCAUUUCUUUUUCUGUUUGAAAUUUCAAUAAUCCAUCAGAAACGGCACUUUAUUUUUUCGUAUAUUUAGACUAAAAAGGGAAGACAAAAAAAAUAUUUGAACAAAUAGAUAUAGUGCUGAAAUUGCACUAAGCUGUGAAUCGUUCUGCACUAUACCUUCGGUAUCUUUAGUAUCUCGAAAAAUUAAGCACAUGAAGUUUACUCGAACGAAAUCCAACGAUUUUGAGAUAACGGAAAGUUUACAUUUCAUUGUUGUAUGAAAGUGAAGAGGGUUAAUGGCUUGUACAUGUCUGUAAUUAAAAUCAAACUUUUUAAGAAAAACCUAGAAUUGCAAAUGUAUUGCGAUGUAAGUUAACGGCUUAGUGAAAUAUUGUAAUUUAGAAAGCGUCCAGUUUUGAUCUGGAGCCGCUUUAUAUAAUUAAGUAUUCACGAAUAUAUAAAUAUGUACAAGUCUAGGAAAUAUUUGUCCUAUGUAAUGGACAGAUUGAUACAAUAAAACACCCCCUGUAAUGAAUCAUGA